AGACAUCAACGAGGAGGUAUCAGUACUGCGAGUACGUUAACUUUAUAAUGUUAUUGUCAUGGUUUAAGUGUAUUUUACGUUAUUUAUUAAUAAUAACAUCUGAACACUAAGUAUUUAUAUAAAAAUUUUAAAUUCUAUUUAUCAUAUGGUAGUUUAAAAUAACAAUACUUUUACUUGAUAUAGAGAUAUUUUUCUAAUUAAGUUUGAAUGCAGUUAUUGGUUUGACACAAUUGUACCACAAAAUGUUAAAAUGUUGGACAUUCACUCGACAACGAUUUUGGCAUUUUUUAUUUGUGACAUCAAUUCAGACAUUAUGGAUGUUAAGCUUAGUAAACGGGCAUGGAAGGUUGAUGGAUCCACCAUCUAGAAAUAGUAUGUGGCGAUUUGGAUUUCCAAAUCCCGUUGAUUACAACGACAAUGAGCUUUAUUGUGGAGGAUACUCCGUUCAAUGGUCCCAAAAUGAUGGUAAAUGUGGAGUGUGUGGGGAUGCUUAUAAUCAACCUUCACCAAGAUUGCACGAAGCAGGUGGUGAAUAUGGCAGAGGAAUAAUCAGCAGACAUUAUUUUUCAGGUCAGACUAUUGAAGUUGAAAUUGAAUUAACAGCUAAUCACAAAGGACGAUUUGAAAUGUAUCUUUGUCCGAAUAACAAUCCGCGUUAUGAAGCAAAUCAGACUUGCUUUGAGAGGUACCCAUUGUAUUUAUCAGGAACUCGGCAAGUCCGCUAUAUCAUUCCAUCUGAAUCGAAAAAAAAAGAUAUAUUUAGGUAUAGAGUAAAAUUACCACCAUACGUAACUUGUACUCAAUGUGUUAUUCAAUGGACAUAUUACACUGGUAACAUGUGGGGCACAUGUGAAAAUGGCACAGAAGGAUUGGGAUGUGGUCGUCCUGAGACAUUCAGAAACUGUGCAGAUGUCCGAAUAGUAACAAGUACUUCAGGAGUUCCUCCACAGUUCAUUCAUAAUCGUCCACAAUCAAAUUCCUUAGCAUUACUUCGAGGUAUCGAUAGUAUAAGUAUGGGUCCACAGGUUUAUUACCCACUUGUAGUUAAAGCUCAAGUUUGUGUCGCAACACGAAAAUAUAGAACAAUAUCAGGAAUGGAUAAAUGGUGUGAAAGUAAUUGUGUUAAUUUUCCCUCUAAUUGUCCUGAAGAGUACUGCACGUGUCCUGAACAAUGCAUAGGUAUUGGAGAAAUAGCUGGAAAGCCUGGAGCUGAUGUAUAUUGUCAAGAUAAAUGUAUUGUAUAUGGCGCAACUUGUCCAAAAAAACGAUGUCUGUGUUAUUGAUUAUAAGAAUAUAAUUAUGUAUAUUUUAUAACAAAAAAAAAAAAAUUAAUAUAAACGUUUUACAUUAUUUACCAAUAUAUUAUUAAAAACUAUCACUCUCAA